AACAAAUUCUUGUUCUAUGAUAACAAUAUAAUUAUGAAAAGGUUAGUUGGUGUUUUGUUUUUAUGAUAUGGGUUAUUGUUUUAUUGAAGCUUAGCAUUUACUAGUGAUAACUAAUUUUUUAGUAAUUCCAAAGAUCGACAGAAACCAUGAAAAUGAAACUCGUAGAUCAAGUUGUUCGGAGCUUUAGAGUGGCAAAAGUUUUCAGAGAAAAUACUGACAAAAUUAAUAGUAUAGAUUUCUCAGCAAAUGGAGAAACCCUCAUAUCAUGUAGUGAAGAUGAUCAAAUAGUGAUAUAUGAUUGUGAAAAAGGCACACAAAUUCGAACUGUGAACAGUAAAAAAUAUGGAGUUGAUUUAAUACAUUUUACACAUGCUAAAGAUACUGCUAUUCAUAGUUCUACAAAAGUUGACGAUACUAUAAGAUAUUUAUCUCUGCAUGACAAUAAGUACUUGAGGUAUUUUCCAGGACACACCAAAAAGGUUGUUUCACUUUGUUUAUCUCCAGUAGAAGAUACAUUUUUAUCUGGUUCAUUAGAUAAAACUCUAAGAUUAUGGGAUCUCAGAUCCCCUAACUGUCAGGGCCUCAUGCACUUGGCUGGAAGGCCAGUAGCAGCUUUUGAUCCGGAAGGAUUAAUUUUUGCUGCUGGAGUAAAUUCCGAGUGCAUAAAGUUAUAUGACCUUAGAUCAUUUGACAAGGGACCUUUUGUCACAUUCAAACUCACUCAAGAGAAAGAAUGUGAUUGGACUGGUCUGAAAUUUUCUCGUGACGGCAAAACGAUUUUGAUAAGUACUAAUGGAUCAAUAAUUAGAUUAAUCGAUGCAUUCCAUGGCACACCUCUCCAAACAUUUGCCGGGCAUCUGAACAAUAAAGGGAUACCUAUAGAAGCAUCGUUCAGUCCCGAUUCACAAUUUAUCUUUAGUGGAUCUACUGAUGGAAGAGUUCAUGUUUGGAAUGCUGAUACUGGCUUCAAAGUUUGCGUUUUGAACGCUGACCAUCCAGGACCAGUGCAAUGUGUGCAAUUCAACCCUAAAUUGAUGAUGUUAGCAUCUGCUUGCACUAAUAUGGCUUUUUGGCUGCCUACAGUGGAAGAAAGUUGAAAAUAAGUUUGAUUUUCUUGGAUCAGAGGAGAUUUUGAAGAAUAUUUCCAUUGAGAAAUUAAGUUUUCGAUUCGCUUAUUUUGAUAGCUGAUCUCAAAAUUGUCUUUUUUUUCUAUUUUACCAUAUGCACAUUUUGUAUAAAACCAAAGGAAUUUUUCUUAAUUGAAAAGAAUGGCAUUGAUUUCAUAAUAUGAACAAUAUUUUCUAUACUUUUGUGCAAAAUAAUUUGUAUAUAUAUUUUAAAAACUUCAAAAUCCACAAUUUCAUUUAAAUUUAUAGUGUGAAGUACUAAAUUACAUUAAAUUAUUUUUAUAUUUUAUAAUAAGUUCAUUAUUUUGGGAUAUACCCAAGUUGAAAUAUUUUCAUGUAAAAAUUUUGUUAAUGUAAUAAAAAUUAAUUCUUACUAUCA